UAGCACAAUCACGCCGUCCGAAAAAAUGCAGGCCUAGGAAACGCUACUUUUUUUGGCAUCAUCUGAGGGUUGCUACUGUAAACUGUAAACAAUGGAAAUUAAAAUGGACGAAAGGAAGUGGAAUGUAUAUAAUACCAGGAUGUUACUUAAUCUUUAUAAUGCACGGCAAGAGGAUUUUCAAAAUCCGAAAAAAAAGAUCAAAGAUGUCUGGAGGCAAAUGGUCGUGGAACUAAAAAGUAAAGGGAUGAAAGGCAUUGAUGCCAUCCAACUGGAUCGAAAGUUCAGGAACUUGAAGAAAACCUACUACUCCAUACGGAACAAGUACGUGGGUAAGGGACCACAGUUCCAUCCAAACUGGCCCUUUUACGACAUGAUGUCGAUGAUACUCAAAGAGGAUCCUAUCCCGUCGUCGCAUACUGUAACCGGGAAUGCAUUCUCAGCAUUGGAAACGAUCCUGGGCGACGGUGACCCGCAGGAUAAUACGGUUAGCGAUAUAGAAAACGAAAAUGUGUAUAUGGACAACAGAGACGAGGCAGUAAACCCUCGGCAAGUAGGUUUAAAUCGCAAACGAAAAUCGGAGGAUUCGAACCAAAAAGGAAUGCGCAAGAUCCGGAAAAGCUGCAAGGAGCCAGUGGAAUUGCCAUCGGAAACGGAGCAAAUCACUGCGCCCAAUGCCGCAGAAAUCGAAACAUUUGAUUUGACGGAAAGCAACGACGAGAUAUCCAUCAACAGCAAGGAAGAGGCAUUGAUGCACCUAAGAGCCAUCCAGGAAUAUGCCAUGAUCCAGGAUAAUUUUCGAGCUAUCGGACUGCUCAUGCAGGCGGAACACGCCAUUCAAUAUCCGCCAAAGACCAAUGACUUCGAGGAAGAACAAUGAUUAGAUAUUAAAAAAUAGAUAGAACAUAAGCGAUAAAGUUAAUAAAGACAUAGAUUAAUUCAAAA